AGCGUUUGCAGUCGAAGAUGGAAAAUAACGGUAUGGCCAAUGUUAACUCGAAUUAUAUGCUUUCUUCAGAUGACGCAUAUCUGCUUGCAAUCGAGUUUAAUCGUAACCCAAUCGUAGACGAGGAGGCUGCAUUUGACCUCUACCCUUCACCCUCUCUUGCUGAUAAAUCCCUACUUCCUCCCAGACCCCCCGUUAUCACCAUUAUGGGUCAUGUUGAUCAUGGAAAGACGACUUUACUAGACACUCUCCGUUCGGCAUCAGUUGCAAGCGGAGAAGCUGGCGGUAUUACACAACACAUUGGCGCAUUUAGCGUUCCAGUGAAUUCUCUAGUCAUUUCCAAUGGCCCCUCUGUUGAUACUCUUGGAAGUAUCACAUUCCUGGAUACUCCGGGCCAUGCAGCAUUUACUGCGAUGCGGUCUCGUGGUGCCCACUCCACUGAUAUCAUUGUUCUGGUCGUUGCUGCUGAUGACGGGGUCAUGCCUCAGACUCGUGAGGUUAUUGCUCUAGCAAAGCAGAGUGAAUUAUCUGGAGAGGGAAAUAUAGGUCUCGUUGUGGCCCUAAACAAGAUGGAUAAGCCUGGCGCAGAUCCUGUUGUCAUUAAACACGCGCUUCUUGCCGAGGGCGUGGAACUCGAAGAGUUUGGCGGAGACGUCCCUUGCGUAGAAGUUUCUGGGCUGGCUGGUAUGGGUCUGGAUAAGCUGGUGGAGACGUUGGCCACUCUCGCCGAAAUAAAGGAACUCCGAGCACGAGUGGAUGGGGCAGCAGAGGGAAUAGUUUUGGAGAGUCGGGUGGACAAGGGGAGAGGGGCCGUCGCCACUAUUUUGGUCACGAAUGGUACUCUCAGCUCUGGCUCCCAUGUGGUUGCUGGUACAACAUGGGCCCGCAUACGCCAAAUGACAGAUUCAACAGGGAACCCUGUUUGUUCUGCACUGCCUGGGACUCCUGUGACUGUUUCGGGAUGGAAGGAACUCCCCCUGGCUGGAGAUGAGGUUCUGGAAGGCAAAGAACAUGAAGUCAAAACGGCAACUCGGAACCGAAAGCGCAAUCUCGAGAUGAAAGCCCUUCAGGCGGACGUUGAGUGCAUCAAUGAGAAGCGUGCAGAAGCAAGGGAAGGAGCUACUUCAACGAAGGCUGGCUUGCUGCACGCUGUUUCUUGUAGCUCGACAUCACCACAAUCCAGUGUCAAAGAGUUGCGACUUAUUGUCAAAGCGGAUGUCAGUGGCUCCGUAGAGGCAAUUGUUGGGUCGAUUGAAGGAAUAGGGAACGACUUGGCGAAGGUUCGCAUUAUCCAAGCUAAUGCUGGAGAACCCACCGCGGCGGACGUUGAUAUGGCCAAAGCCGUUGAUGGCAUGAUACUUGGAUUCUCCGUCCAACCCAACAACAAAGUUCUCUCUUAUGCUUCAUCGCAGGGAGUGUUGAUAAAAUGCAAUUCUAUCAUUUACCGAAUUAUCGAUUUGGUGAGGUCGAAAGUGCAGGAACUUUUGCCUCCAAUUGUGGAAUACCGCGUCCUCGGUGAGGCUCUCGUUCAGCAGCUGUUCCAAAUCCAUGGGAAGCAGAAGAGCAUUAUCAGUGUUGCUGGGUGCCGAGUAACGAAUGGGAUUAUCGAAAAACAUAAGAAAGUUAGGAUCAUUCGAGGCGAACGAGAGGUUUACAAUGGUUCUCUCGAUACUUUGAAGCAACUGAAAAAAGACAUCACAGAAGUACGGAAAGGAUCAGAAUGCGGGAUGUCAUUCACGAAUUUUGCAGGCUUCAAAGACGGCGACCGCAUUCAAACUUACGACGUGAUAGAAAAGCCGGGACGGCUUGUCUGACAAGAAAAUUAGAGUAGCUUACUUGUGCCAUUUAGAGUUGUCAUGAUAAUAUCGAUUAAUAC